AUGAGGAGGGGCCGCGAUGUUUAUGUCAUGGGAGCAGCCAAUGUUGGCAAGUCUGCAUUUGUCCGCGCCCUCCUCCAAGAAAUGAGGGCAUUUGUGUCUACAAGUUUCGAUCCUGCUGCCAGGAGUUUUGGUCGCUUCCUCCCAACAGAGUCAGAAAUGCCAGGAACCACGCUGGGCAUAAUUCCCUUGCAAGCUUUCUCUACAGGCGGGACACUUUAUGACACACCAGGUGUCCACCUCUUCCAUCGUGUGCCCCAUAUUCUUUCACCGGGAGACGUUCGCCGCCUACAUCCUAGGAAGAAGCUGCGCCCCUAUGUCCCUCCAACGCCGCUUACAAUCUGCAGUGGCACCAGAGUUUUUGAUGACGAAAGCCCUGUAUCAGCGACCUAUCUGUGGGGUACCCUGGCAAGGAUCGAUGUCGUGGAAGCGCCAAGGGACACUACUCUGGUCUUCUACGGACCUCAGGUCUUGAAGGUUCGAUCUAUGAGGUUGUUUGGAGUGGGAGAGGUUGCAACAGCAGAUGAUGGGUGUGAACAUGUGAAGGAAAUAGACCAAUCAAACAAUAAAGAUGUUGCCCCUGCCCCAGGAGAUCCCGGAAAAGAUGUUGCCGACAGACAAUUGGCUUCUGCAGUGAAUCCACGUUCUGGCUUGCGACAAGAUAAAGACCAUGGUACCAUCACGUCCAUAUGGGGCUCUGUGGGUGAAGAGGAAGUGGCAGAGGUUAAAUAUGUCAAGAGUCAAGCCGAAAGUGAGUUGAUUUCCUCAAUCAGCAACUCCCUACUAGAUGCAUUCAAAGAAUCUGAGUUGCUCCUAGAGGCAGGAGAGCCCCACACUGCCAGGCCUGCUGAAGCACCUGCAGGAUGCACAAAGCCAGCGCGAUCACGAGGACCAUGGCAUGAAAAGGGGAGCAUGUCCACGCCACCAGGCCCUAUGUUUGGGGAGGCUUCGGUUGAGAUGUGUGGGGGCCUGACGCUUGCCAGGGAAGUGGAGUUGGAUUGCUCGGUUUUGGGCUGGCGGUGGCCUGAUAUAACUGUCUCUGGUGUGCCUGGGUGGAUAUCCGUUUUGGUGCCUUCUGGUCGUGGGCGGGUUGUGUUGCGGAUGUGGACGCCCAGGGGGGUGGAAGCGUUCAUUCGCACGCCUAUUCCUGUACCCUUGCCACUGUUGAAUGCUGGCAGGGAUUAG